UGCAGGCUUUUUGGGAGAUGCUGUUUUGGGAGCUUCGACUUUGCGCCAGCCCAUCUCACGGACGAAGGAGGGCGUGAGACGGCGGCAAUGGCUCAGGACCAGCCUUCUCUCCAGAGACUACUCGCUAUCGACAAGGACUUUUCAAGCUUCGACGAGCAGUUGAACCAGGCCACGCAGGUUCUCGGCCGCCCCGAGGACGCGCGCAAGCUCGCCGGAUUCGAAGAGGAUGUCGUCUGCUACAAACACAACCCACGAGCCGAGUGGGUCUUCCGCUGGUUGCUGGGCAAACUCAAGUCGGAUGAUACCGUCGGAGCAAGAGCAAGGGCAAGCGCGGGCGCGUGGCAACUAUUGAAGCAGAUUGCUCUCGGCCUGCCCGCCUCGGUCUCCUCCAAAUCCUUGAACGCCAACGCCUUCCUGGCUAGCCUGGAGAAGACACUGCGCGAGAACUUCAUCGAGCCGUCUGUAAAAGGCUUCCAACGUGACGCGUCGGCCGGACAAGACUCUGCCUCGGAAUCCUCGGGUACUGUUUCAGAGGAGCCCAGGUCAUCCCGGAAGCGGAAGCGGCACAGUUCCAGCGCCGAAGAGCGCGCUACGUCUAAACGCCCGGCGCUGGAACCCGUCGAACUGCGCGGCCUCUUUGAAGCCGUCAGCUCUGUCUUGGUUGUCAUUGCGACUCUCGCAUUUGAAAGCUCAACUAGCAAUGAGUCGUCGGAGGUUGAACUCGUGAAGUCGGUUCUGCGGACGAACACGGCACAAGCUGCCCGACUCCUCAAACUAUGGCUGGAAACGAUCCAUUAUUUGACCAUUACAAGACCAAGGCCUUUAAAUGCGGAGGAAGUCCCCGCGGGGCCUCUUUUGGAAAGAAUGUUGCAAAUCUGGAACACUAGCUUCUCGGACCCCGCCAUCGCCAACAGUAGUCCAGCAGAACAGUUCUCGCAAGAGUGCCUGAUUCCUGCUGUCGUCCUCUUGUCUGAUCUUGCCAAACCGGCCCCCAUCCGUCCCGAACAGAAGCGUGUUCAGAUAGAGAGCCAAGUCGUGAGUGCGUUGGAGACUCUCUUGGCUAGGCAUGUCUUUAUACCGUGUAGAGGAACGUUCUUCGCCGAAGUCGAAGGGCAUAAGGUAGCAGCCAAGCCCGGUCAAGCUCAAUCAGAAAGUCCGGAGCUACGGCAGAUGCUAGCCCCAUUACAUUCGGUCAUUCAAGGCACUGGUAAAGACGAAUUAAGUUCGGCUUCCCUUGGGUUGAGCAAGUAUGAGCUCCUCCAGGCCGCCGGUGCCCUGGUGGAUAUAGCUAUUCGCUGUUCCCAAAGGUCCACACCUAAGAAAAGGAUUGAUGAAGCUCCUUGGCUACAACAUGCCUUUGUUGUUCUUUGCGAAUGCAUAGGUACUCCGGUUAUGCAACGACAACCGGGGCAUGUGGAGCCCGACUGCCGAGCUGUACUUGAGCAGAUGCUCGCAACUCUUCAGAAACGUGGUGUUUCAUUAGACUCGGAUGUCUUGGAGACGAUUAUUCGAUCUUACUCUGGCAUUAUUGGCGCUGAGGAAGGCUCGAAACUAAUCGACCAACAGCUGGUUGCCAGAAUCUUGGCUUACGACCCUACUGGCUUCAUGGAUUCUGCCACGCAAAAGUCCAAAGACAACACACCAGUACUCUCAGAUGCUCUUUUCGAUUCAAUCACCGAGCUUUCUAGUGUCAUCCUUGACCCGCCUUCAAACGAAAUCCGCGACCUCUCAAGCACACCUCUAGCCGAUGAGACCCCUGUCCCUGAGGACCACAAUCUGUUGAAAGACUCUAUUGUGAUACCACUUCUCAAAGCCUAUGCGAAUAGUCGCGACCUUGAUGGAUUCCUUUCACGCUGGUAUCACCAACUGAACACCCUCAGAGAAGAGGGCACCGACUCAAUGGAGAAGUCUAUCUGGGCAGUCGAGGAUUUAGGCCUGGCAUUACGGGAGCUACUUGAAGCAAGCUUCACUCCCCGGCAGUUGUUUGACCACUUCAACGAGCAUUGGCGCAAGAUUUCCGGCUGCGAGAAGGCUUCAGCUGGCAACGAAGAUUCUAGUUCAAAGAGCCCAGCGUACACAGAAGCGUCUGCUAGCCUCGUCGUCUUGGAUGCUCUGGUGGGCUCGCUGCGGUCGGAUGACAUUAUUGCCUCGCUUACGUCGGUUUUGGGAUCGCUGCAGAGAAGUCUGUUCGCUUUCACCGGUCUUUGCGAAGAUGAGGCUACAGACGCAAGAACUUUGCGCAUCAUCUAUUGCAUACAGAUUAUCCUUCGGCCCCAUCGCAAGCACCACGAAAUGAAGAACUUAGCCGCAGCUUUCUUCAAGUGGGCCGAGACUCAAAACAUUGUCAAUGUCAUCAAAUCAAGCACGAAACCUGGGAAUGUGCAUACCCUCCGGAAAGGGAAAGAGGCGUUUACGCUUAUUGUCACUCUCUGCAAUGAUUUCCUACAACUUCCUGAUUUUAAGGACUCUGUUAAGACGUUAUUUCUCCAGACCGCAGCCCCUCUUUUCCGAUCGAAUGACGCAGUUCGGGAUUGCAUAUCGAGCGGCCAGGAAUGGCAUCCGACUGAUAGUCCCAAAGAUCAGGCCAUUGUUUUCCUUGAAUCCAUCACGCUUCAGGCAACUGCCGUGUUGACCAAGUUCCCCGACCUCAUCAAAAUUAUUCCUUUUGAUUCCCUUCAGACACUUCUGCGCCUGCUUUAUUGGCAUGCGUUUGGCGAUUUCUCGGGGAAGUACCGUUCACCAAACUUGCGAAAUGGUAUCAAUUAUGUCCUUGUCUUCGAGGCCAUAUCAGAUAUCCUGUUGACUUCCCAUUCGAGUGAGCUAAAAGAUCUGCUUUACUCGAUUGUUUUCGAGGUGCUUGACCCAGAAACAAAGCUUGGACGAUCUAGAGACCUGCGCAAGUUCCUUUGCGAGUUCUCCGAGAGCCAGUUUCUGCGCAUGCCGUUAGCCACUCUCAUCCGGAAAGACCGAGAGCAAGUGCUUGAUCGCAUUUGUGAUGUCUACUGUAGCUCCAACAAGAAACGAACGGAUGUCGAGACACAGUUCAGACACCUGAGUCUUAUGAUCAAGCUGAUGGAAGUGCCGAACGCGACUUCUCGACUAGCCAAUGAUCCUGACUUGCUCUGGAAAGUUGCCCGCGCUACACAAGAACACGGGAGCCCUAGGCCAGACCUGCUCAGACUAGUUGAGGAGUUAGUCCGUCUGACGCUGAUGGACGCUAUCUCGGUGAAGACACAGUCAAGGGGUCAGCAAUAUUUGAAGGAGUUCAGUAAGAUCAUGCAACGCGUUGUCAAGGAUACCAGCACCCUCAAAGAUCGUACUGCCGAACUGGCCUGCUUCAAGUCGGCGCUCAACACGUUGAAGACCGCGGACACCCUCGGUGACGAGGAAGAGACGUACAAGAUCAUGAAGAGAUAUCUUCGUGCACUGGACCACGACAUUGAGAACCAUUUGCCUGGAAAACAGCGCACCGAUUUCGAUGGCGACCUCGUGUUUGUGAGGACAGUUCUUGACGCAGUUGCAGAACUCCCGACACAAGGUCUGGAGCGUGACGUUGCCUUUUUAAGCAUCGAGUCCAAACUCCAGAAGUGCACCCGUGGGCAACAGUCGCUGGCUACCAACGCGUCUCAAGACGAAACUUCCAUAUGGGUUUCUUUGAGCCGUGCGGCGGCCAACGUCUCCAUUGCGGACAACACCCGGUACUUUGGCGAGAUGGUUGGGAGGCUGUGGAGCUCGGAUCUUUCCAUAGAGGAUCGCCACACAGUGAUGAAGACAAGCAAAAAGGCUGCCGCUUCCUUGGGACCCGGACGGAGAGCAUCAUUGCUAUCGUCGUUGAUAUCCACGCAAAACCACGAGAGGCCUUCUCCAGAGACACUGUUCCUGUUGAACGUGCUGGUUCCCUCGUUACAAGAUGCCCCGGUAAAAGGAGACUCCUCCAAACACGACCUGCUCGGGCUUGGAGGACAUCUGGCCACGAACCUUCCAAAGGUGCAGAACGUCGGUGAUUUGCAAGUCAUGCUCAAUUGCAUCGACACAAUCCUACGGGAAAAGCAAUGGCUGGUCUCGCAAUGGGCAGUUGAGAACCUCAUCGACUCGCUGUGCAGGCUGGCGUCGGCAUCGGGCCCGGCCCUCCCAGCCAACUACAGCGACUCGAUCUACACGCGCAUCUGCAACACGACACACCUGAUAAUCGCGCUGCACCGGACGCGGCUGGGCGGGCGGUACCACGUACUGAUGCCACUGCUGCAAAACCUGCUGCGCUGCCUCUUCACGCCCGACACCAAAGCAGCCAGCACAACAGCGUCGACGCUGCCUCCGUGGCUGAACCCGCGCACCAAGCCCCUCACGACGACGCACGCAGCGCACUUUGCCCGCCUGGUCACCACGCUGUGCAACCCGACGGUGGCGGCCGUGUCGAAGCAUCGCCCGCGCGCGUCGCUCGUCGACGAGACCAAAAAGGCCCGCGAGUACGCCGGCCAGUACGUCCCCGCUAUCAUAGUGCAGUUCUGCGCCUGCGCGCUGCAGGGCCGCAUUGGGCCCGAGGUGCGCGCCGCGCUGAUGCCGGCGCUGUAUGCCUGCGCGGAUGUCGUGGGCAUUGAGGCGUUGAGGGCGAUGAAUGCGGGUAUGGAUGCGAGUGCGCGCGCGAUUUGGAGGGGUGUUUAUAGCGAUUGGAAGAAGUUUGGGAAGUGGGAUGGGGGGAGGUAGGGGGGUAGGUGGGCAGGCUUUGGGUUGGUGUGUGUGUGUGUGUGUGAGGGGAGGCGGUGUGUUUGUUGUGUUGUGUGUUGUGGAGUUGGGAGUGAGGGAGGGCGUGGGUGUCUAGGUAUGUAGUAGAUCUCUUAUUAGCGUGGGAGUAAGUAGGUUUAUGGAAAAGAUUGUGAUUGCGAU